AUGCACAGGCUAAGGCUUCCCAGGGAGGAUUGGCAGUGCCUGUUUCUCGUCUGGCUGCGCUCGGUUCCUGUUCAAGACAUCCUGACCGUUGAUCUGCCCGUGCUGGUCGAGGUGGUCCGUCGGAUCGGAUGCCGGCGGGAGGAGGUGGAGGGGAGGAAGACGGCAAGAGUGGUGUUUUCGCGGGGGAGGAUGGGAGGGAGGAAUAGAGGAGGGGAGGGUGGGAAGCGAGGGGAGGGAGGCGUGGAGGGGGGUCUGUCUAGCAGUGUGCCACCAGGGGGAAGGUACCCGUUGCUGUUUAGCUGGUGUCAGGUCACCGGAGCUGCUGCCAAGGCUCUGUUUCUGGCUCGGAUCUGCACGCAGGUGAUAAAGGAGGAGCUGCUGGAUACCAUACCUGGGCGAGAGCCUCGGAAGGGGACAGGCACGGCACGGCAGCAGCAGCAGCAGCAGCAGCAGCAGGCAUCAGGAGGGGCGCGGGAGGAGGAUGAGCAUGGAGGAGUGGGUGGUGGUGGGCGGAGUGGGUCUGGCAGGCUAAUUGUGGCUCCUCCCAAACCCAAAGACAACGACUUGUGGAUCGAGCACGGGCUAGAGCAAUGGCUGCACCUAUCAAGCCAUGUGGAAGACGCAUGGCUGCUUGGCAGAGCCAUCAUCCACGUCUGCAAGCUCUCCUCUGCCCGAGGCUAUCCGGUUCGGCAGGGCCGGCUGCCGUCCGCAGCUGAGGUCCCCACCUUCCCCGUGCCUCUCUGGGUGGCUCGGUUGCAGUUGCUUCUGUCCCCUUCUGCUCUGUUCACAUCUCAGUUGCACCGGGCUCUGCUGAAAGUGGAAAGACCGGAGCUGGUGCGAGGGAUGGCGAAUGAGAUGGUAGCACAAGUGCGGGAGGUGGAAAGGGGGAGAGGGGAGGAGCGGUUGGAGAGAGGGAGUGGGGGAGGCAGUGCUGGUGGUGGUGAGGAGAGGAAGCUACCCGGUGGGGAAGGAGGUGAGAAGGGAAAGAAGGGAAAGAAGGCUAGGAGGAAGGUCAAGGACAAGAGAGCAGGAGCGGACGGGCCUAAGGGCGUGCAGGGUGAGGAAGCGGCGCUGAAGGAAACUGUGGUUUCAGAUGGGGAUUUGGAAAGGGUGGAUGGUCAGAAGGGUGAACGCCAGGAAGCCAAAGAGGCAGCAGAGAAAGAGGAGGUCGAGGGAAAGGAGGAGAAGGACAGUGACGAGAACGCAGACGAGGAAGAGGAGGAGGAGGAGAAGGAGGAGGAGGAGGAGGAGGAGGAGGAGGAGGAGGAGGAGGAGGAGGAGGAGGAGGAGGAGGAGGAGGAGGAGGAGGAGGAGGAGGAGGAGGAGGAGGAGGAGGAGGAGGAUGAAGAGGCAGCAGCAGCAGAGGCAGAGGAGGAGCGGCAGAGGGAGGACGAGAGGGAGUCGGUGCAGCUGCUGCGCGAGAUGCUGGACCGGUUUCCUGAGAGCUGUCACGCGGACAUACUGGCGUCGCACCGGGCCAUGGAGCUCUGUCGCCAGUGGUCCUCCGCUUUCUUCCAGAGCGUCAAAGCUGCCCAUGUGCCUCCCAAGCCGCCUGCUGCCGCUGCUGCUUCUGGUGCUGGUGGUGGUGCUGGUGCUGAUGGUGGUGGUGCUGCAGCAGCAGCAGCUGGUUCGGCUGCUGCUGGAGAGACCGCGGGUGGCGGUGGCAAGGCAGAGGGCGACAAGGAUAAGGACAAGAGCAGCGGUGCGAAGCAGAAGAAGCUGCAAGGCAGCGGGGAAGGCAAGGAAGGCAGGAAAGGGCCAGGGCUGUCCAUGUCGCUAGGAGGCUACGAUGCAGAGCCCAGCGACCUGCUCUUCUUCUCCCACGAGCACGUCUCCCCGCUGCCCACCGUCGCGCUCAAGGGCGGCAUGGUCUGCUCCAUGUGGCAGUCCCUCAUUGGCCAGCGCGCAGCCUCGGCGGUAGCCCUGGUGCAGAGGCUCGGGAGGUGCCCCACGGAUGAGGAGUGCGAGCAGUCACUGGGCAUGGGCAGUGAAACGACAGCAGAAGCAGCGGGCGCAGUGGGAGCAUACGAGCAGAUGCUGGUCCUGCUCUACGACUGCACGCUCCUCCUAGAGUAUGGAGACGGUGCAGACGAGCACUCAGCAAGCCACGAUGCCUUCGUCGCAGCACACGACUCCAUGUGCCGAGAGGCCAUAGCUGAUUUCAAGCAGGCGCCACCGUCAGCAGAGACUCUGCACGCGUACAUGCUGCUGAUUAGGACUAUUGGGGUGUCGCUGGCGUUGAAUGUGCCCGUCGUGCCUCUCGCCUCCAUGUUUCCGCCCGCGCUGCUUUCUGGCUUCCCGGCUCUUUUCCUGACCCUCCGGCCCGAGGACUCAGCUUCAGUGACAAAGCGCACAGAAGCGCGCCUUGAGUUCCUUCUCGCUGUGCUGGCUGCACAGAAGCGCCGCGCUCACCUCAUGGCCAAUGCUGAUGCCGCAUUGAACAAGCUCACCCGCCGCUCGGAGCAUUUGCGAUCCGCCGUGCCACGUCAGCUGCAGUUUGGCCCGCGGGAGUUCGCGUCAGUUGUGCCGUCUGGAUUCUUGAGCGCACAUAAGCUGUGGUCUCGUGGUGGCAGUGGCGGCGGUGGCGGCUUGGUAAAGCUCAGGUCGUAUAAAGUCCGGGUGCAGGCACUUGGCAGCGGAGGUGGUGACUGUAACGAGAAAGCGAACGAGCUUAUAACGGGAGCUGCUGAAGAAAAGGUUCAAGAGGAUCCGCCUUUUACCAGCAGGAGUGCUGACACCAGUAGUCUUGACAGCAACACCAGCAGCAGCAGCAGCAGCAGCAGCAGCAGCAGCAGCAGCAAGCAGGAGGGGAAUACUCCCAGCAGCGACCCCCCCGCAGCAGGCAGCAACUCCCAAGAGAGCGAGUCAGACAACGCGGCAAUCGACCCUGCACACGUGGCGUGGCUGCUGAGAAUCCGCCCCUCCGCUACAGCCGCCGGCCCUGACAGCUUCAGCAGCAGCUACAGCUACAGCGGUGCUCCGUUCAGGCCUAGGGGGGGUCAGUCCCGGGCGGCUCAGGUGAUGCGUCAGGUGGACCGCGGUCUGUUUGUUCCACCUGGCCCCUGGGUGCACGCGUAUCAGGACUCGCCCCAGACGAUAGGUUUCAACGCCACCAUCUCUGCCCCGCACAUGCACGCGCAGUGCCUGGAGCUCCUGGAGAAUCACCUGCAGCCGGGUAUGCGAGCACUGGACGUGGGUUCGGGUACAGGCUACCUCACAGCGUGCUUUGGGCUGCUCGUGGCGCCUGCAGGGAAGGCCGUGGGCGUGGAGCAUAUACCAGAGCUGGUGGAGCGGUCAAAGCGGGAUGUGGCGAGGAGUGCAGCAGCGCAUCUGCUGGAAAGCGGGGUGAUUGCGCUGCACACGGGCGAUGGCAGGCAGGGCUGGCUGCAUGACAGUCCAUACGAUGCCAUCCACGUGGGAGCGGCAGCACCAGAGAUCCCGCGAGCGCUGAAGGAGCAGCUGAAGGUGGGGGGGCGGAUGGUUAUACCCGUGGGCACGUGGUCGCAGGACCUGCUCGUGGUGGAUAAGCUGCCAGGUGGCCGCUUCAGAGAGAGCCACGUGGCGUCUGUGCGAUACGUGCCGCUCACCAGCAAGGACGAGCAGCUGGAGGGGUACUGA